AUAUAUAUAGAGAGAGAGAGAGAGAGAGAGAGAGAGAGAGAGAGAAAUACUAAGCGGCAAAGAGAAAAGGAAAACGCACACGUCCACUCAUUACCAACCAAGAUAUAUCCUCAGCCCAGCUGGAGAUGAGAACAUUUAUGGCGUCUACGUUCUCCAUUUCCACCGCAGCUGUUGUAGUGAUCUCCUUCCUCUUCGUCUUCCUCCUCCUUCCUACGUCGACCUUGUCGUCGUCUUCUUCUUCUUCUACUAAUCAUUCUCGCCGCUUCUCAGCACUCCCGGGCAGCGAUGUGGAUCUCUUGGAGUUCCCUUUGAAUUUGGAGUUCCUGGAAGCCGAGUUCUUCCUAUGGGGAGCUCUGGGCGUGGGCCUCGACAGGGUCGCUCCGUCGCUGGCCAAGGGCGGCCCGCCGCCCCAUGGGGCCAGAAAGGCCAGGCUCGACCCCUUCACCCGCGACGUCAUCCUCCAGUUCGGCUACCAGGAAGUCGGCCACUUGAGGGCCAUCCAGCGGACCGUGCCGGGAUUCCCAAGGCCGCUGCUCAAUCUCAGCGCCGAGGCAUUUGCAGAGGUGAUGAACAGCGCCAUGGGACGGACACUGCAUCCGCCAUUCAAUCCUUACGCCAACGGAGUUAACUUCCUGCUGGCCUCCUACGUGAUUCCUUACGUUGGGCUCACAGGCUAUGUCGGAGCAAAUCCGAACCUCCAAAGCCCGGCCGCCAAGAGGCUCGUGGCGGGGCUGCUGGGAGUGGAGUCCGGGCAGGACGCCGUCAUCCGAGCUCUGCUAUACAGCCGGGCGGCGAAGGUGGUGAGGCCGUACGGAUUCACGGUGGCGGAGUUCACCAACAGGAUAUCGGAGCUGAGGAACAAGUUGGGGAUGAUGGGAGUGAAGGACGAAGGGCUCGUGGUGGCGGCUUUUCAGGGGGCGGAGGGGAAGAUCAGGGGCAAUGUUCUCGCCGGCGACAGGGAGUCUCUGUCGUAUGCCAGAAGCCCCGAGGAAAUACUCAGAAUAGUAUACGGCGAUGGAGACGAGCAUGUCGCCGGCGGGUUUUACCCCAAUGGAGCUGAUGGCAGAAUUGCCAGAUCUUUUCUACAGAGCGGGGCAUGAUGACGUAAGAUCGUGACAAAAUUAAAAUUAAGCUUUACUAAUAAUUAAUUUAAAACUAUUUGUAGCAAAGUAUCUCUAUGUGUGUGUGUGUGUGUCAAAAUGUUAUAUAUAUAUAUAUAUAUAUAUGUGUGUGUGUGUGUCUCAUCGAUCAAUAAGUUUGAAGCCAUUCCUGUAAUAAUUAAUAAUAUGGAAUAAUAAUUAUAUAAGUAAGUGUACUUUUUUCUUCUU